CGUUCUGCUGUUCCACUGCGUGACUCUCCUCCUCCUGAACUCUGUCCGGUUUUCCGGUUCUCCCCUUCUCUGUCUGCAACUUUGGGCGUUUUCGCUCCGCGGAGUUCCGUCUAUCCCCGUUACCGGAGCUCUGUACCGGCUCGGUGCCGCCGCUCCUCCCCGUCCUGGUAUUUCCGUGAACCGGAGGAUCAGCGCUACUUUCAGACGGUGAACUCCGCGUCAAUGCAGGUGCCGGUCUGGAUGAUCCUGGAGGUCCGUAGGCUGCAGGACUCUCUGUGUGUUCGGAGGAAGCUGCUGUCUCUGCCAUGAGGCCGGCUCCCUCCCUGUGGGUCCUGGUUCUGCUGGGAGUCGGAUCUCUGAUGCUGCUGGUCCGUCUGCAGGACCUGACCGACCCGGUGCUGCAGCAGAACCCAGGUGUGCAGCUGCCGGCGGCUCCCAAGUGGCCUACAAAAAAGGAUGCAGUAGAACUGAUGGAAGUGGUCCCCACAGGACGGUUCUUGUCUCCGGUUGGGUUUCUGGGUUCCCGGCCGCCGGUCACCAAACGCCACCGGAAGCUGCUGAAGAGCGUGUCGGCGUCUAGCGCCCCCGCUGGUGGAGAGGAGGCGGUAGUGCAGCAAAGGCUGGUGAGGACACAGGAGUCGCGGCGCCGCCUGCUGGCAGAGGUGUGCUCUAAGUACCAGGCGGGCGUGGGCCAGCAGCCAGUGUCCCAGCGGCAGGUGUCUCGGAUAUACGUGGAGGACCAGUUGCGGCUGCUGUACUGUGAAGUGCCCAAAGCUGGCUGCUCCAACUGGAAGAGGGUUCUGAUGGUUCUGGGCGGCACUGCCUCCUCCACCCGGGACAUUCCUCACGACGCGGCGCAUUACGCCAACCACCUGCGGCGGCUGGAGAGCUACGACCGCGGUGGCAUCGCCCAGCGGCUGCGCUCCUACACCAAGGUGCUGUUCGUCAGGGAGCCCUUCGAGCGGCUGGUGUCGGCCUUCCGGGACAAGUUCGAGAGUCCGAACUCGUAUUAUCACCCCGUGUUUGGGCGUCCCAUCAUCUCCAGGUACCGAGUGAACGCCACGCUCACAGCGCUGCGCUCUGGCACCGGCGUUACCUUCAGGGAGUUCAUCCAGUACCUGCUGGACGUUCGGAGGCCGGUGGGGAUGGACAUCCACUGGCAGCCCGUCAGCCAGCUGUGCAACCCCUGUCUGCUGCGCUACGACUUCAUCGGCAGGUUCGAGGACCUGGAGGAGGAAGCUAACUUCCUGCUGCGCAGCGUCGGCGCUCCGGCUAACCUCACCUUCCCCGACUUCAAAGACCGGAACCCGCUGGCAGAAAGAACUUCCUCCAGAAUCACCCAGAAGUACUUCUCCCAGCUGAAUGCCACCGAGCGGCAGAGAGCCUUCGACUUCUACUAUAUGGACUACCUGAUGUUCAACUACUCCAAACCCUUCCAGGACCUGCACUGACACCUGAGCUCACCUGUUCUCAGGUGAAUGAUGAUGAUGAAGGUGGAGGAAGAGCAGCUCAGUGGUUCCUUUCCACAGUUUAUAGAUGGUUGUUUUCAUUCUGCUUCCCAACAUGGAACCUGAUGGACUAGUUAAGGUUCAUUAAGGAAACGUGUUGCAGUUCCUGUUUGUUCCACCAGGGAGAGCUUCUUCCUGUUUAAUCCUGUAGAGACCAGAGGAAGUUAAAGCAGAGAGCAUUAUGGGAGUUUAGCAGCAACGGGCACCAUGACAGAGAUUAAUGAGGAGGUUCAUGACCUGAGAUGUUCCACCUUUUAGUGGCAGGAGCUUCAGCGGGAACCAGCCAGACUAAUGUCUUCCAGAGAAGCCUGGCUGGUUCCCGCUGAAGCUCGUACGGUCUCCAGGACCUGAAUGAGUUUAGCAGCAGCUUUGAGGAGGUUCAUGACCUCCAACCAGAGCUCAGACUGGAACCAAUCUGAAAGCAGAAGUCUGAGGAAAUAUACUGAGUUCAGUUCCAAUGAAUGACGUCCAGCUUCCAGUCUAAAUCUGAUCUUUCAGACUGAAGUUUGUCUUCCAGGUAUUGUUCUCCUUCAGCAGUUUAAAGUGACAGAUUCAGUUCUAAACUCUGUUCUAUCUGCUGCGUCUUUAAAGCCUCAACAUGCAAAUAAAUAAAAAUGAAGACGUAGAAAAGAACCAGAAGAACACGAAUCUUUUACCAGAACAACAGAGCAGCUAGAGAACCAACUGAACCGACUAAAAGAUGAAAAUGGACUCAAACUGAACCCCAGCAGCAGCUCUGGCCUCCUUCUAAUCCACUGUAGGUUCUUUUUAAGGUCCAGCAGCUCUGAGGAACCAGAACAUCAUGAAGAAGAGAGAACUCAGAGACGUCUUCUGUCAGCAGGUCUCAGAACAAUGGAAACAGAAGAAAAUAAGAUUUAUUUAUUUUAUAAAAAAGAACCACCAGGAAUCAACAAGUCCACUGCUUUAGAUUCUUAUAGAAUGAGCUGCACACGGUUCCUGUUAGACAGAUUCUUCAGACGUUCUGGUUCUUCUUCAGGCCUGUGGCGGUUCAUGCUUUGUGUUUCUUCUGCUGCUGGUUUCACUGGUUCUCAGAGGGUUAAUUGUGUCAGAACCAGCAGAUAGAUCUUUUCAGGUGAUGUGUUCCUGUGGUUGGUUUGUGUUCAUGUUCUUGCAGAACCACCGAUGGAUCCGUCUGGACGUGAAAGCCUUUAACAGGCUGCUCACCUUCUGUUCUUCUGGUGGAAAUAAACCUCAGACUCUGGAA